AUGACUGCGAACCAUGAUGCAGUGUACUGCCACACAGAGAGCAUAGUCUCGAGCAAGCGGCGGAAGCACUAUCGCAUCCCGGUUCGCUCACAACAUUGGCAGCUCCGAUCCCUCAUCUCCGCCGAAAAACGUCACCUCAUAUAUUUCCCUGGUGGCAAUGGUAGCAACCAUGUCCAGAGGCUGAAUACUUCGACACAAGAAUGUGAAACAAUAAAGCUGCUCACAUUCGCACCCCGAUGUCUGGUGGCGGAGAACGGAUGGCUAUGCUGUGGAAGUGAGAGUGGCGACUUUGUCGCUAUUCGUCUCGACGAAGGCACCGACAGCAGCAAUCCCAACACGCCGCUGAAUUUGGACCCCGACGCUCGGUUACCGUUGAACAUGGAGUCUCGCGAGGAAUCGCUUCUUUCACUAAUAACCCAAGCGCGACGGUCAAACAAGAGCCUGAUUGCGAAAAGCGUCAAGCUAGCAAACGAUCGCGUCAACUGCAUUACCAUGUGGUUUCCUGGUGCUCUGGCCCCUCCUGUCGUAGGAGCCUACACGGAGCCAGUUGCUAUUCUAGCUAACAAUGACUGCACUGUGACCGUCAUCAGCUUACGCGACUUCGAUCAGAGCGAUAAGACAGCUCCACUCGACAUCGUCACCUACCCCGAUUUCGUCAACCGCGCGACUAUUUCGCCUGACGGACGCAUCAUGGUUGCUAUCCUGGAUGACCCUUAUCUCUAUGUUCAUGUUCGCACAGAAACGUCGCGCGAGUCAGGACGUCUGCCAGAGUAUACAUGGGAACUACGGCGACGACUGAUGCUUAAAAGCCAGAAAAAGGGUGACAGAGCAGACAGUCGUGGUAGUUUCGCCGCGUGCUUCUCGAACUCUGGCUCGUACCUUGCUGUUGGCACGCAGCAUGGUGUCAUUUCUAUAUAUGACGGCGAGCUGCUGUUAAACGUCGACGCACAACCCCUUAUCACAACCUUGGAGUCAUCGAGACCCCGAAGCGGCCCAGGCGCAAUCCGUGACAUGGCAUUUUGCCCUGGCCCAUUUGAUAUUCUGGCUUGGACGGAAGACCGUGGCCAUAUCGGUAUUGCUGAUGUACGGGCAAAUUUCAUCGUUCGCCAGAUUGUCGACAUCAACGCAGACGCCGACUUUGAACAUGUCAACAUAUUUGACCGCAAUACUAUUGAUCCCAGGCUUCUGGACGGACAGAGUUCAUCAAGGAGGGACGGCGGUCAGCUGGCUCGGGGUGGCCUAUCAACUACCAGACGCGAAGGGGGGGGCCGGAUCGACACUCUAAAUCAGCCACUCACACCAAGUGAGACGUUGGUACUGGAAGCUAUACAAGGAGACCGUCGCCGACGAGACAGAAUAACGCAGCGGACUGACGGUGCAGACACCGCCAUGGCCGACUCUUCCUGGUCAUAUCUAGCGAGCAUACGACCACCGACCACCGAAAAUGAGUCGUCGCGGCCUCGCCAGCGCAGUAGUAGUGCCACUCGCGGAAGUUCCGAGACGCUCAACUCAUAUCGAGACCAGAGGGAACGAGAGAGGGUCACUGACCGCGUCAGAAACAUUCGACAAGCUGCGAGAGAGCCGAGUGACAGACUCUCUGGACGUCGAGACCAGAGAUGGAUCGACAGGCUGGGCGAAACUGUGGCUGCCAUGCGCGAGCAGCGUGAACGUGACGGGAACAGCCACGCGGACGCAUCAUAUCUCAACGUUCUCGAUAUUCUACAGGCCCAGGAGAGAAGCACCGGAACUCCUGCCGGAACCGGGACAUCGACCGCAACAGGAGCCGCUGCAGGGACUGCCACAGGAAGCGGAACCGGAUCUGCAUCGCGGCCCGCGACCACGGCUGCCAGCACUCUCGCCAACGACCCCGAACGCGAUGAUUCCUCUCUGUUGGUACCUUUGGUCAACCAAGUCGUCAACCGAUGGGAAGAAAGCGCGAUUCGAGGAACUCUUGUCACGGAGCACGCUGGGCUGUUCGAAGUGCCGCCUUCACCAGACAACACCGCUGGGCUUGCCUGGAGUGACGAUGGUCGUACCUUAUUCGUGGGAGCCCAAAACGGCAUCUACGAGUUCCAGAUCAACGCUCAAAGUCGACUCUUCUUCCCCAGCAUGCAGAUGCGCUAA